AUGGGCGGCGUAUGGGGCAGGGUAUCAUUGCCCUCGUGCUCUCCCGGACUGGCGGUCCGGUCUAUUCUCCGCAUCCAGAAACCUCAUUACGUGGUCGGAACGGUUGAGCAUCAAAGUAAAUACCCAGUUGGCCAAUGGCCAUGGCGGUGA